UGCUAGAUUAUUUGUGUUGUGUAACUUUAAUGUAAACGGUAUGUUUAAUCCAUUUCUUUACACAUCAUGUACACAGCCCUUGUGUCUCAAGUUACCUUAGUGGAGGUGAGAUGCAAUACUACUGCACCUGCAGAGCUGUGGCUUCUUACUGGCAUUGUUUGUAUGGGCACAAAACAUGCUGACAGCUUUCUGAUUUCAUAUGAAGCUUUUUUUUUUGUAUAUACAUAUGUUUGAUAGUAAAUAAAAAUUGAAACCACAUUUUUAGUUUAAUAACAGGACAACUUUAUGGAUUAAAUAUCUCCUCAGUUUUUUGUUUCGAGUUAGUGAACUUUUAUAUGGGGCUCAUAACUGUAAGAUACCUAGACUGGAAAUUCCACAGUAAUUUAUUCGCAAACUUGGUUGCCUAUGAAGUGUUGUAAAAUGAAUAUGAAACAAAGUUUUGUACUACAUAAACGAGUGCUUCAUGCACAAUACAUCAGUGUAGCUCAAGAACCCAGUCAAGACAGCAAUGGGAUUUGAACAUGUGACCUUGUAAUCUGCGAGAGACAGAGAGAAAGCGCAAGAGUGUAAAGGAAGGAGGUUGAGUCUCAUGUCAUUUGAAAAUGAUGUGUUACCUGAAAGAGAUGUUCAGAAACUACCUGACCAAACACAGACUUUGUCAAAAACGCUUGAUGAACAAGGAUGGACACUGUAACAUUGAAUAUGGCAAUGUGAGGUACAGCAAUUGCUUUGCCUAUGUGCUGGACUUCUGGACCACCAUUGUGGAGAUUCGUUGGUGCUUAAUUCUUGUCUUCUUUGUGGCCUCCUUUGCUCUCAGCUGGUUCAUAUUUGGACUUCUGUGGUAUUGGAUUGCUCACAAUAAUGGAGACUUGGCAUGGCAAAAUCCACCAGCUAAACACAAAGUAUGUUUACGUAAUGUUGAUGGACUGACCACUGCAUUCCUCUUCUCUAUGGAAACGCAGACAACCGUGGGGUUUGGUGGACGCGAUAUCACCCCAUACUGCCCUAGUGCUAUUGUUCUCAUUAUUAUCCAGAUUCUUUUGGGGAUGAUCAUUAACUGCUUCUGGUGUGGAGUAGUUAUGACCAAAAUUUCUCUUCCCAAGAAAAGGGUCAAAACCAUAGCGUUUAGUGAGAUGGCAGUUGUCUGUCCGAAAGGAGGAGACCUCUGUUUGCAGAUAAGAGUGGCUAACUUGCGUAAAUCUUUGAUGAUUAGCAGCCAGAUCUAUGGAAAGCUGCUGAGAACAACAGCAACACCUAAUGGAGAAACAAUCAUCCUGGACCAGGUCAAUGUUGACUUCAAGGUAGAUGUUGGAAAGGAUAACUUGUUUUUUGUAUGUCCCUUGACUUUAUAUCAUGUAAUUGACAAGUCAAGUCCAUUCUUUGGGAUAUCAGUGGAGACUUUAAAUCAACAGGAGUUUGAGCUGGUGGUAUUUCUGGAUGGAAUAGCUGAGUCCACCAGCUCUUCUUGCCAGGUCAGAACUUCUUACUUACCUCAGGAAAUUAUGUGGGGUUACAAGUUUCUCCCCAUUAUCUCCCACAGCAAGGAGGGAAGAUAUCGUGUGGACUUUUCCAAUUUUGCCAGAGUGGAGCCAACAGUGACUGCCAACUCAUCCACAUGCGUCAAUGAUGAUAACUAUAAUUAUAACUGCUACACAAAUAGCUUUGAUAAUUAUAGCUUUUUCGUCAUCACACAUUAAUAAUCUCAUCAAUAUUAAAAUGUGAGUUUUGAUGGCUAAGCUUUGGAUGUUUUGAUUAUUUCGAUAUACUUAGUCAUGAAACAUAGCCAUUUAAAGUCCCAUCAUGUCUUAUAUUUCAUAUAAUAAAUGUCAUUUAUAGUACAAAAAGUUAAUAGAUUUUGUAUUAUAACACGCACAAACAUGUUUUGGUUGAUGAUAUUACGCUAUAAAUUAAAUACUCACUUUGUUAAUAUUUUCUAAAUCAUUUUCAGUUAUACUUGAUUUACUGUUAUUCUGUUAUUAUUGUGAUACUGUUAUAAUAGAAUACAAUUGUGACCCAUGUAAAUGCUGAGAUACUGUUAUAGUGUACUUGCUGUACCCUAAUCUGUCAUCAUUAAUUGCUCAUACGGUUAAUAAAAUUUUUUAAUAACUUU